AUGGCAUGUACAAUACUGUACAUAACAUUUGGCCUUGCUCUAACAACAAAUGCCAUCGAAAUUGCUGCCGAUACGUUGAAGAAAUUACACUAUUAUGGAAGAAAAAUCGAAAAUGUAGCAAGUGUUAGCAUUUGGUUUGGUUCAAAAAAGCUUACGGUACGUCAGCUGAUACGCAAUUUGGGUGAUCAUUUCAAUCUGCCGGUUACCACUGUAUUGAGUUUGAACAUCGACGAUUUUAUUGAUAAAGCAAUUAAAGUUGAAGCUGGUGAAAUCCCAUCUUUACGAGUAAGAAACUGUUGUACAGUGUUCUAUCCAGAACCGCUUACCGAUAAGUCAUUUGUCCUGGAUACAGCAGUCGAAUACGCAGAUGAUUAUACAGAAGAAGGCAAAGAUACUUUGGUUUUAGAGCCCUGGGUAAGCGAUCCAACGCCUCCAGACACACCGGAACCAGAAUGCUUAUCAAAUUCUAAAUUUGAAAAUGAUUUCAGUAGAAAUUUCAACAGUUCGACUACAGAAAUUAAUGAAAAACAAGAAGAUACGAGAUCUGAAUUAGAAUUUGUUGAAAGUGAAGUUUUUGUGGAUAUAGUUGAAGAGAAUAAAGCAGAGACUACUGGUGCGAACAAACGAGAAACAAACUGCAAAUUUGCGAUUAACAACAAAGUAGCGAUUACGAAAAGUGUUCACAACAUUUCAAGGGUGAUUUCGAAACCAGGUAUAAAACACGAAGACGAAGAACCACAGGAAAAUGAUGAACCACAAGACGAAGAACCACACGAAGACGAAGAACCAGUGGAUCCACUGCAAGAACAGACACCGCCUCAACUGUUUGAACUUCAUCUUGUGCCAGUUUCUGAAGAAUUAAAGAUUGAUGAAAUCGCUCUGAAUACUUCAGAAUCACAAUGCAGAAACGGUGAUUUACAAGAAAUAAAAAAGCAUGACAUCAGUAGCAUGGCUUGA